GUAAAAUGAACUUGGUCACACUUUUUACGAUGACGGCUGGCCGCCAUAUUGCUCUUUCUUUCUUUUUCUGACCACGUUCUCUGCGAGUCGUAUGAAAUAAACAUGAGCCUCACAAUUUCCAAAAAACGCAAGUUUGUUGCCGAUGGCAUGUUCAAGGCUGAAUUGAACGAGUUCUUGACUCGUGAACUCGCCGAGGAUGGUUACUCCGGUGUUGAAGUACGUGUUACCCCCGCCCGUACUGAAAUCAUCAUCAUGGCCACCAAGACCCAACAGGUUUUGGGUGAAAAGGGUCGCCGCAUUCGUGAAUUGACCGCUAUGGUCCAAAAGCGUUUCAACUUCGAACCUGGCCGUAUUGAAUUGUACGCCGAAAAGGUCGCCACCCGUGGUUUGUGCGCCAUCGCUCAAGCUGAAUCCCUCCGUUACAAGUUGACCGGAGGUUUGGCUGUCCGUCGUGCCUGCUAUGGUGUCUUGCGUUUCAUCAUGGAAUCUGGUGCCAAGGGUUGCGAAGUCGUUGUUUCCGGCAAAUUGCGUGGUCAACGUGCUAAGUCCAUGAAAUUCGUCGAUGGUCUCAUGAUCCACUCUGGUGAUCCAUGCAACGAUUACGUUGAAACCGCCACCCGUCACGUUUUGUUGCGUCAAGGUGUUUUGGGUAUCAAGGUCAAGAUUAUGUUGCCUUACGAUCCCAAGAACAAGAUCGGCCCCAAGAAGCCCUUGCCCGAUAAUGUAUCUGUUGUCGAACCCAAAGAAGAGAAAAUCUAUGAAACUCCUGAAACAGAAUACAAAAUGCCCGCUGUUGUGCCCAUCUAUGAUGAAGCUGCUGAAAUGUAAAUUAGCAAUGUUUUUUUAAGAGUUUAAUAACAUACAACAAUUCUUUAUAAGAAUCACAAGCGUAAUAUGUGAGGAUCAUGUAUUGUUUUUUUUAUAAGAAAACAAAUAUUUUGAACAUUAGUUCAAAAUAAAAAUAAAUGUAAAAUUUAUUUUAAAAACUCUGAA